CUUCGACACUUUUUGUUGAAUGAAAUUCCCAACCCAAUAAAUUAUAUUCCCUUGAUGAGUGACGUGACAACGUCAAUUUGACGUCUAUAGCGUGCUGCAGAUGCUGACAUCAUCUGUCAUGUCAAUCUUUGAUUAUGUUUUUUUUUUAUUCAGACUCAGAUUCCUUAAAUUAACAGCCACUGACAGCUUGUAAGUAUAUGUAUACAUUUCACAGAAAUAUUGCUUUGCUUAUAUAUGUUGUGAUAAUAUAUUCACAGUCUAAGAAUAUUCUUCAAUGUAAUGUAUGUUCUUAUAUUUGUGGAUAUAUUACAUUUCAUGGACCGUUACAAAAAUUUAUUGCCUGCUCUUUCGCUUGCCGAAAACGAAAGUUCGUGCGACAGUUUGCAGUAGGUUGUGAAAAGAUAUUAUAUUAGCAUGCAUGCAUUCGUGAUUAAUAAAAUAAAUACCUAUAUGGGCUCAGCUCACCACACCGUGACUCAUUACUACUAGUAGGUCAUCAUACUUAUCUAUCACUAUCUCUUGAAAAUUAGUACGUGACUGACUACUGACUACCAAUGAAUAUUAUAGGCAUUUAAAUACAAAACAGUCAUCGAUAAUCUAUUAUGCUCACCCAUGCCAUGGUCCAUGGUUUUUUAUACACACACACCAGCAAAGAUAGCAGUUUCAUUUUGGUCUCUUCUCUUUGGUUGAGUUGAUACACACACAUACAAUACAUUAUUUUUAUCUAUAGGAUUUACUGUGCGCGUUCACGGCGUUUUAGUGUAUUUUAUUUGCUAUUUUAGCCAUAUAUAGGCUCCAAUUUACUGUCAUAAUGACCCUGUGUAUUUGUAAAUGUUUAAACCUAACAUUGGAGAGUGAUAAAAUUGAAGAAAAUGUUGAUUUUGAGAAGUUGGAUCUAACAACUGCGGAACAAAGGGAUAUUUUUUUCAGUGAGAAACUGGUUUCAUGUCCCAGUAGUACUUUGAAGACACAGGUGGCACAGCAGGCCCUGCUAGGCCAGCGUGUUGUUAACCGCUGGACGGUAUACUUCUGUUUGGCCUGUGGCCUCAACACACAUGCGAUUCUCCAUGACCGACCUAAUGGACCUUUGAUUGUUCUCAUUGCUAAAUCUACACUUACUACUUCAGACCAGAUCAACGCCUUGCGGAGUUCUAGUAACUUUUCACCAGUGUUCAACUUACUGGUACCAGGAGUCAGCAGUGAUGUUGAAAUGAAAGAGAACAUAGACACAAACAAUCGCACAAUAAAUAGCAAGAAUAUGUGGUCUGGUCAGCCCGUGAUUGGGAAUCUAAACAUGCAGCUGCGAAGGACAUUGGAGUCCCAAUUAGAGUCAAAGCUGGAGGCAGUGGAGGACUCAGUUCGACAAUUUAAGGAUAAGAAAUAUGCGGAAUAUGAGGCAUACAGAGAAAGAGCACAUAGAGAUCAUAAGAUAUUAGCUAGCAUUGUAACAAAGGCCCGUGAAGACAAUGAUAAUGAUGACCUUAAAAUUGAUACAAGUCUGGACAAUGGACCUCCCUCCCCACUAUUACCUCCUCAACAAAGAAGAAGACUGUCCUCUAUCAAAGAUGCCAAAAAGAUUCCUCAAAGUCAUGUAAUUAAGCGUAAUCGAAAUUUCUCACAAGAAGAUGAUUCAUCGGAUGCUGAUGUUCUUUUUGAUUUGGAAGGCAUGGAUUCUCAGAACAACGCUAAUUCAGAUCAAGAUGAUUACGAUUCUGAUGACGGCAGUAACGACGAAGGUAUCCAGUUGUCGCGGCCGCGCGGCAGUCACACGAUGCCGGACAUCGCUCACUCGCUCCCCAUCUCAGUGCCUAACUUCGACAAGGAACGCUCUACACGCCGGGAAUUGGAUGACGAUGAGGUGUCCGCGGACAUCGCGGCCAGCAUCAAGGCGCUAGCGCGCUCCGUGCACGGGGACAUGUUCGAGCUGCCCCCCAAGCGCUGCUCCACGCAGAUCUAGUGCCAGUGGUCCUCAUCCUCACUCUACCUUGCUCUCCGUACUGCGUUCGCUGCAUACACAAGAAAACUAAAGACGGGCUUGCGUACCCAAAGGAUAGAAGAUUUCCAUACAACAUCCCGGGCCAUCUCAUACAGGACUAACGGGCUAAAUCUGGGGUGUCUUGUAAAACUGGACACACGCUAAAGGACAAAAUGUAUUAGCACUCUGUUCCGUUUCUUUUCGUGUAUUUCUAAUACGCAUUUCUCUUAUAUGAGCUAAAAGAAAGUUGGCGAAGUCUAUAGUUUUCUCUGUCUACGGUUCUCUGUGUGCGAGUGUUUUCGGCCGAUUCCACAGACACAUUGGUGCUUUCAAAUUGUGAUUGGUGACCCUAACUCCAUAUGCAGCUACAGGAUAUGAUUCCGUACGCGUCGGCGGCUACGAUCGUUUUCGUGGAUUUGUUAUUACAUAUUUUUAUUAUAUUUACUUCCUACGUUUGUCAUAACUACGCAGUUGCGAUUGUGCAGUCGGAAUUUUACGUGAUUAAAUUAUUUGAGUGCCAAGUUCAGUAUGGCUCAAAUUUAAUUAUAUUUGAAAUUUAUUAACUACAACUAAUAUUCACUGGAAUUGAAUUUGCGAUUGAUAUUGAUUAGUUCAUUUCCUUGUAGUGACGUAUGCUUAACUAAUUGGAUAAUAAGCAAAAAGAAAUAUUUUUAAUGUUACAGAUACUGUAGACUAUAUAAGCAAGAGGCUAUGAAUUGUUGUUAUUAUAAGAUCAGAAAUAUAUUCACUUUGAUGAUACAUGUGAAAUAUUAGUAUAGCUUGCUUUAAAAUAGAUAAAAGUAAAUGGCACGUUACAAUAUUGACUGAAUAAAUACUAAAUUCUUCUAUUAAUUUAAAUAUUGUAUACAGAAAUAUUGACUAUGCUUAAUAUGGGAUAUGCCGCUUACGUUUACAAUGAGAGAGCCAAAUUCACAACGACAUAUGUGCCCAUCCAAAUCCAUACAAACAAUUUCAUAAAGUGUGUGUGUGUGAGUUAUGUUAAGUGUACAUAUAAAAUUAUGAAUUAUAUUGAUGCAAGUAAAUAUAAAAAUAUGGAAUGUUAACAUCUAAGUCAUAUCCCGUUAAUAGUUACUUCUAUUGUUUUUAUCUGGUGUUAUCUUAUUGAUAAGAGAAAGUGUACAAAUUUAACACUUGCAUUUCAUACUAGUCUUAUAGGGUCACUUUAUUAUUUUCAGCAUUAGAUAGUUUUUUUAAUCUCAUGCUUAUGAAUUCAUGAAAGUAUACAUACAUAGUUAAGAUCAUUGUUAUUGCUUUCGACAAGAAUACAAAAUUUUUGAAAUAUGUUUAUUUUUUAUACCAGCGUAUUGAAUGUUUAUGAAAAGGAUCCUAUCGAGUCGGGCUUUGGUAGUAGUGUGUCUUUUCGUUUUUAAUAUUUUAUCUCGUAGAUGGAAAACAAACUUUAGUUGUUUGGAAGUUAUGUUAAAUACCAGUAAAAUAAUGUACCAUAUUUCAGUGUCUUCCAAUAACACUGUUCUAAAAAUAUUUUUUCUAUAUGAAAAGAUUUUGUGAUUGUGUUUUCAGUCAGUUGUAUUAAUUUUAGUCAUUGGUAUGAUGUUUAUAAGAAGGACUUUGAAUGUAUCGAAAUGGAGAUCAUGUAAUAAAUAUUGACCAUGAAAAAAAA